AUGACCGACAAAAAGUCUUCCGAAAUAGACCUGCAAAAUGUCAGCUCUGAUCCUCAUUCAAACGUGGAUAUUACCCACGGCGCAGUGAUCGAUGUGGAGCAUUAUCAGGCUACUGUGCCUCUGUGGAGGCGAGUAUGGCAACACAGUUUAACACAGAUGAUGCUUUUGAGUAUCCAGGCAUUUUGCGGUCCUGCAAUGGCCGAUGCAAUCACUGGUCUCGGUGGUGGUGGUCUUGCCUCUCCACGGGUAUCGAAUAUCACGAAUGCAAUCACGUAUGCCUUGAUCGCAAUUGUCUGUUGCCUGGGCGGUCCCCUUGUGAACAAAAUUGGCAUCAAAUGGGCACUCGUUCUUGGGUCGAUGUCGUUCCCCAUUCAGGGCUCGGCAUACUACUGCAACAGCAAGUUUGGAAACGAAUGGUAUUUGAUUCUAAGUGGUGCUAUCAGUGGCAUUGGAACUGCUUGCUGGUAUGUCGCCGAAGCCGGUGCUAUCAUGACGCUUGCACCCUCUGGUGCUCGUGGGAAGUAUCUUGCUCUGUGGAUUGUCUCGCGAAAUCUUGGACAGCUGGUUGGUGGUGCAAUCAAUCUGUCCAAGAAUUACGAGAAAGGUGUAAGCGGCGGAGUCACUUCCGAUACUUAUCUUGCUUUCGUGAUUAUUGAGUGUCUUGCUCUACCAUUCGCAUUGUUGAUUAUUCCCUUUGAACGCGUUGUCCGCUCCGACGGCACAAAAAUCGUCACUUCGGAGACUCUUUCGACCAAGAUGGAAAUGAAGCGCAUCGUAAAGACAAUGAGCUCGAAGCUCAUCCUGCUUUCUGCACUCUGGGCACUUUGGUCUUUCUUCUACUCUGGCACAUGGAGCACCUAUCUUGGGAUUUACUUCACCGUUCGCGCCCGGGCUCUCUCCUCCCUCAUUUCACCAUUCUUUUGCAUCGUCGGCUGCUUUGGCCUCGGAUUUAUACUGGACAUGAAGGGUUUGAGCCAGCGCCGUCGCGCCCAAAUUGGCCUUUAUACCGUCGUUAUCCUAAACGUUGGUGUCUAUAUCUGGUCUAUCAUCAUGCAGACCAAGUUCAAACGCAAUGAUCCCGGAGCUAUCGACUGGGAUGACUCGCUAUACGCUUCGUCUUUCCUGCCAUACUUCUUCGUGCAGACCACAGGGCCGUUGUCCCAGUCAUACAUGUAUUGGCUUUUAUCAUCUUUUGCGACAGAUGCACAGGAAAAUGUCCGAAAUGGUGCUGCGUUUAGAUGCAUUGAAGCUGUUGGCCAAGCCAUUGCAUAUGGAAUGAACACACAAACAACAAAUGAUCCUAUGAUCGGGUUCUGCGUGACAUUCGCCCUCCUCGCAGCUGCAUUAUACCCAAUGAUCAUGCUUGUGAAUACAACACCAGACCGGAUUCCUGCAGAUGUAGUUGCAGAAGAGCAAAACGCUGCUCGUGAGAAGAUGGAUGUUUAA